AUGGACAUUGUUUUGCUUGGAUAUCUUGCUCUGGCUAUCACAGCUAGCCUCUGUAGUUUUGUAUUUCUCCGUCGCGAAAUAAGAAAUCGCAUGCGCGAUGAGACCUCCCAUAUUGUCGCCAUCAACUCUGCGCAUUCUCCCGGCCGGCAAGUGAUAAUUAUUGAUACUUCGCCGGAAUCUCCGGCCGCGGUGGCUGCUCCUUCUAAAGAUGUGAUUAUUGAUAUUCUAGGAUACAGUCAUGGUGGUCAUUCUGAAUGUUCAAUAUGUCUUUCUAACAAUUAUGAGGACGGCGAUGAAGAAAGCUCGCGUCGGCGAUCUUCAUCAUCAUCGGCUCCGUGCAUGUGGAGCGAUAUUCCGGGAUGUGGGCAUAGGUUUCAUUCGGGUUGUAUUGCUAUAUGGUUGGCCUUCCAUCAAACGUGUCCUUUAUGUCGGAAGAUGGUUCCUCUUCCCAUGUAA